GGUACUUGGUCACUGGUAUGGACUUGGAAGAUUUAAAGUUUAUGUGUGCUGUCGCUCCUCGUACUUUGGAUUUAAUAAUACAGGAGACGUGUGAGGCUAUAAUUCAAAAGUUAAAAGAAAAUAUUCGGGUACCGAGAACGAUCGAGGACUGGAAAAAAGUAGCCAAAGAUUUCGAGAGACGAUGGAACUUUCCCAACUGUAUAGGUGCUGUUGAUGGCAAGCACAUCGAAAUAGAAAAACCUUCAAAUUCGGGAUCUUACUAUUUUAACUAUAAAAAGACAUUUAGUAUUGUUCUCAUGGCUAUUGUAAACGCCAAUUAUCAAUUUAUGAUGGUUGAUGUUGGUGCAAAUGGGCGGAUGUCAGAUGGUGGAACUUUAAAAAAUACAAAGUUUUGGCAAUUGUUUUCUGAAAGUGAAAACAAACUUAAUAUUCCGGAGCCAUGUGACUUACUAGAGAGCGAUAAAAAGUUUCCGUUUGUACUGGUAGGUGACGAAGCUUUCCAACUGACUCCAAACUUCAUGAAGCCAUACAACAAAGCCGUCUUGACAGACAAAAGACGGAUUUUCAACUAUAGAUUGUCAAGAGCCAGGAGGGUGGUUGAAAAUGCUUUUGGCAUCCUGUCUUGGCGCUUCAAAAUAUUUAAAAAAGACAUUGGACUGCAUCCCGAUAAAACGCGAAAAGUUGUUUUGGCUGCCUGUCACUUACACAACUAUUUGUGUGAAAAAAAUAAAAACAAAUAUAUUCAACCAGGAGAUAUUGACAUACAAGAACCAAAUACCACAGUCACAAAAGGUGCGUGGAGACAAGGACGGCAAUUGUUAAAUAUAGAGCGAGUACGAGGAAACUCGGCAAAUGAGGCAAAAAGAGUGCGAGAUGACUUUUGCGAGUACUAUAAUGGUAACGGUUCAGUCCCUUGGCAAAAUAAUUGCCUAAUUUAGUUAUUUAAAAACAUACUUAAAAGUAAAAUGUAUCUUUGAAUUGUAAAUAAAAAAUGUUUUACCUCACUGCUUAA